UUCUUUUUAUUUGCUCUAUUUAAUUAAUUCUUAUUUUGGACCGCCUCUUCUCCCAAAUUCAAAAAAAUCAACUUCUCCUCUCUUUUUCUCUUUUCACUCGUCUCGCCUUCAAUUCUCGAUCUUUAUUCAAUUAAAUGAAAUAAUUUCAAUUUUAAUCGCCUCAUUUUUUAUUCGAUCUGGUUUAGAAAUGGGUGAUUCUGAGAUGCAAAGCGAUUUCGAUAUCAAAGGGCUAAGCCUCAUCGACGUUUCGUCCGAAGACGAUUGCCUCAUCAAUUCUCCUAUCUGCGAUCCUAUAAACCCUAAAUCCUCAGAGAAGCGGAGUGAGACCAAAACUGUUAGGUUUGCUAUGGAUCCCCACAGUGUAGAAAUCUCAUUAGGCUCCUUUGAAGAAUCUGGAAAGUUGGAGGAACCGCCAGAUUCUUUUGAACACGACAAUACAAGAAAAAAUGGGAAAUAUAAUUUACGCAAAAGUUUGGCAUGGGAUAGUGCUUUCUUUACUAGUGCAGGCUUUCUCAAUCUGGAGGAGUUGUCUAGCAUUCUGGGAGGCAAUGAGAAAGGUGAAAUACAAGCAUUGCCUGGGAUUCAAGAGGAUGUGAACAAAUCUUGUGAUUCUUUGACAACGUUAGAUAGUGAAACUUUGACGUUGGAAGGUAUUGAGGCUGAUUUAUUUGAGGAUAUAAGAGCUUCUAUCCAGAAAUCUAACAAAGUGUCGAAUGCUGCAAAUUCUAGUGGCAAAAAGGAAUUGAAGCAGCAGAUUCUCGAACAUUGUCACGUGAAGCAGAAAUCUGCUCCAAAGAAGCCAAACAUUGGUGUGAAAGACUCUGGGAAAACAUUGAAGCAGGUUUCUGUCCGACCACAAACUUCACAGUCUGUUGCUAGAAGUGGAGAACCAACUUCAUCUCUUCAUAAGCCACCAAAGGGACUAAGAAGAGUUGGUCCCAUCUCAACAUCACCAACCAAAAGGGUUUCCUUGGGUGCUAAGAAUGUCAAAAUGGAAAAGGAUGCAAAAAGUGUGACUGGUAGAGGGACCACAGUAUCAAAGACUUCUGCUUUGGGUGGUUCAAAAAAUAUUGUGCUUAGGCCUAUACUAUCUUCCAAAUCUUCUUCCCACUCCCCAGCCUCUAGCAAAACUGAGCAGACAACUUCUUGUUCCUCGCUUGAAAGUUUGGCCAGUGUUUCAUCUGACAGUAUUAAUAAAUCUUCCUUGAAUAUGAUUAAACAAAAAAAUGACUACAGAUUAGUUAACCCUUCUUCCUCUGGUUACACUAUCACCACCACAUCCAAAAUUGCACCAAAAGGUAAAAGUCAAGCAGGACGUUCAAAGCUCUCAACUUUUUUAAAGUCUUCUACCAAGCUCUCUUCCAGUAUAUCUCCUACUAGCUCUAUUAGUGAGUGGUCCUCAGAAUCUUCAUCAUCUACCUCUGCUACUAAUCAAAGGCCUAAUAUUGUAAGAGCUAGCCUUGGUACUAACUCUCUCAAGGGGCUCACUACAAAUUGUGAUGCCCACCAAGUUUUGGAUUCUCAGAACCAUCCUACUGGUCAGUGCUCACUUGGAGAUGGUGCUGAGGUUACUGGCUCACUUGAUGAAAGUGUAAACAAAGUUUCAGCUGGUAUUAGUGGGCUUCUUCAUUCAGCUUCGAUGAAACCCUCCGGCCUUCGAAUGCCAUCACCAAAAAUUGGCUUUUUUGAUGGGGUAAGAUCAUCUGGAUGCACUCCAAAUGGGAGUAUGCUCUCUCAUCCCGGUGUACCUAGUGGCUUGCCUAAAAUUGGAGCAAAAAAGACUAGUCCAAGUGGUAGCUCAAACAAGGUGAAGAUUGGAAAGCUUCAACCUGUUACAACUCUUACUGCAAUCCAGAGCCCCAAGGUUGAUGUUAAGCAAACUUCCUCCACUGUAAAAUCUAGAUCUUCCUUAUCUAUUCAAAGAUCUCCAAAUGCUGCAACAAAGGUAUUAAGUGCUUCAAGAAACCCCAAAAGCAACCCUGGCAUAGCUGCAAAACUUCAGAAUAAAUCCUCUCCUAGAACUGGUAGAGAAAGUUACUCAAAGGCUCAGGGCAUUCGUUCUGCAGAAAAAAUUGUAGGCCCAGUUUUUCCGAAGCAAGUAGUGGGCCUGGGAGGCGAAGGUGCUGCUCACAUAAAGGAUACCAAGAUCGUUCCUCUUGAUGGAGUACCUGAAACUACUGAUGAUUUAGCUCCCAAGUCUAAUGAUCAAAACAUGAUCGGGUCAAAAGAAACUGCUGAAAAUGAGACAUACAGUCACCCAUACCUGAAGACUGAUACACUUCUCCGUUAUAACACCAACAAGAACGAAGAAGCUCCUGUUGUAGACCAAGUUGCUGGUUUAGUCAGAAACGGUGACACUGUGGAAGUGGAUAUAAAUUCAGACACUCGGAAAGAACCCAUUGUUGAUUCUCAUCUUGCUUAUGAGCACAAGGAGUUUGAGAACAGUUUGUCAAAUCCCGCUGCUACCUUUCCUUCUGCAGUGACUUCCGGCUCAAGGAUACCUUUCUCAGUCAUGGAUUCCUUUUACAAUAGUGAUGCACCACUUGAGGUUUUAUCCGGAUCAGCAGUGGCGGUAGACAAGCCAACCAGAUUGCCGAUUCCAGAGUGCAUCUUACCAAAGAACGGCUAAGACAAGUUCAAAAAGUCUAGUUUCAGAUUUUUUUGGGUACCUUGGUAUGGCCUCUCCCAACUUUUCUCACUGGGCAUGGAACUUGUCUCAUAGAUUUUCAGGGCUGAACGUGAAGUCGUAGAUUGGAUUUGCCUUGGUUCAUGAUACAAUUUGUGUCCAAACAUGUUUGUUUAUGCGAUGAAAGCAAGCAUUACAAGAAAAACUUUUGGUCCCAUGAAUAUAGAUUUUGUGCACCCAUCAUGAAAAUGUACCACAAACAAAAUUUAUACCCGGUUUUCAUACUUGAACAUAGCUUUUGUGCGAAACAAAUUAUGCAUGCAAAUCUCAGCCGCCCAGUUCCCCAAAGCUGCAUUUGAUAGAUAAUCCGUUUCAUCCAAUAGCUAGCUUAUAUUUUAAGGAGUUGUUGCCUAAUGAAUCAUAGGAUCAUGGCAGAAUUUUAGUUCCUCCAU